AUGGAACGAGCAACUUUUAGUACAGGCCAGAAACUUGAAACAAUAGUACCUACAGAAGCGGGUGUAUGGGCCGCGUCUCACACGGCCGUCUCGUCGGCGGGGGCGGGCGCGGGGGCGGGACACUUCCACACUAUAUUAGCAGUAGCGCUUGCGGGUGUAUGGGCCGCGUCUCACACGGCCGUCUCGUCGGCGGGGGCGGGGGCGGGGGCGGGACACUUCCACACUAUAUUAGCAGUAGCGCUUGCGGGUGUAUGGGCCGCGUCUCACACGGCCGUCUCGUCGGCGGGGGCGGGCGCGGGGGCGGGACACUUCCACACUAUAUUAGUACUAGCGCCUGCGGGUGUAUGGGCCGCGUCUCACACGGCCGUCUCGUCGGCGGGGGCGGGACACUUCCACACUAUAUUAGUACUAGCGCCUGCGGGUGUAUGGGCCGCGUCUCACACGGCCGUCUCGUCGGCGGGGGCGGGCGCGGGGGCGGGACACUUCCACACUAUAUUAGUACUAGCGCCUGCGGGUGUAUGGGCCGCGUCUCACACGGCCGUCUCGUCGGCGGGGGCGGGCGCGGGGGCGGGACACUUCCACACUAUAUUAGUACUAGCGCCUGCGGGUGUAUGGGCCGCGUCUCACACGGCCGUCUCGUCGGCGGGGGCGGGGGCGGGGGCGGGACACUUCCACACUAUAUUAGUACUAGCGCCUGCGGGUGUAUGGGCCGCGUCUCACACGGCCGUCUCGUCGGCGGGGGCGGGCGCGGGGGCGGGACACUUCCACACUAUAUUAGUACUAGCGCCUGCGGGUGUAUGGGCCGCGUCUCACACGGCCGUCUCGUCGGCGGGGGCGGGCGCGGGGGCGGGACACUUCCACACUAUAUUAGUACUAGCGCCUGCGGGUGUAUGGGCCGCGUCUCACACGGCCGUCUCGUCGGCGGGGGCGGGGGCGGGGGCGGGACACUUCCACACUAUAUUAGCACUAGCGCCUGCGGGUGUAUGGGCCGCGUCUCACACGGCCGUCUCGUCGGCGGGGGCGGGGGCGGGGGCGGGACACUUCCACACUAUAUUAGUACUAGCGCCUAUAUGUGGCACCCGCGAGUAA